AUGAGAGCGAGAUCUCGGAAACAGCGUAGCUCAAGGGGCGUCCAACGCCCUCCAUACCCCUCAAGGCAGCUGCUCAUUCUGGCUGCGUGCCGGAUCUGCGAGCCGAUCGCCUUCAUGUCGAUUUUCCCUUACAUCUACCACAUGGUAAAAGAUUUCAACAUUACCAAUGAUGAGAGCAAGAUCUCGUUCUAUGCCGGCAUGGUGACCUCGGCCUUCACUUUUGCAGAAUUCUCCACUGGCUUUCUGUGGGGCCGGCUCAGUGAUAAGAUCGGCCGAAAACCCGUCUUAUUGAUGGGAAUGGGAGGUACUGGCCUGAGCGUCCUAAUCUUUGGUUUCGCCCCGAGUCUCAAGGUUGCUCUGUUUGCGCGCGCUCUGGGAGGCUUUCUCAAUGGGAAUAUGGGGGUUCUUCAAACGACGGUUGCGGAACUGGUCACGGUUAAGGAACACCAGCCUCGCGCUUACUCCGUCAUGCCGUUGGUCUGGUGUAUUGGUUCUAUCGUUGGUCCCAUGAUUGGCGGUGCUCUUGCAAAACCGGUGGAAUCUAUGCCGUCGAUUUUCAAGCCAGGCAGCAUCUUCGAUCGUUUCCCUUACCUGCUGCCUAACCUAUUCAGUGCGGUUUGCGUUCUGAUAGGUGUCAUCAUCGGCAUUCUGUUCCUCGAGGAGACUCAUGCAGAGAGAAAGAAACACCGCGAUCCUGGUCUCGAGCUGGGCAAGGCCAUUCUCGUUUGGUUGCCCAUUCAGUCGUGCCGGAACAGAGAGCCUGCCAAGAAGCCUGAAGAGCAGCCUCUCCUCUUCGACACCGAUGAGCCUUUGCCAGGAUACCUUACCAACGAGGACUCCGAUGCUUCAUUUGAGACGGAUUCUGAUCCUGCAGAGCCUGUGGAUGUGGAGAGGCUCGAGAGGACACUCAACGAGCAGGUUUCUGCCACCGAGGCCGUAAAGUCGACUGGAAAGAUCUUCACCAAGCCCAUCAUCACCAUCAUCGCUUCUUACGGUGUUCUUGCCUUCCACACCAUGGCCUUUGACUCGCUCCUCCCGGUGUUCCUCAGCACAAACCCACCAAAAGAUGGAAUCCCAAUGAAGCUGCCUUUCAAAUUCUCGGGAGGCUUCGGACUCGACACCCAGACAAUUGGCGUGAUUCUUUCCGUCCAGGGUCUCUAUUCGAUGUUUGCGACUAAGGUCCUUUUCCCCGCAAUUACGGAAAAGAUGGGUCCGCGCCGUGUAUUCCAGCUCAUGUCGAUCUUGUACCCGCUGCUGUACUUUUGCACUCCUUACAUCGUCCUUCUUCCGCCGAGCCUGCACAAAGUCAGCAUUUAUGCGCUCAUCAUUUGGAAGUGCUCGAUUACAACGCUUGCAUACCCCAGCAAUGCUAUUCUCCUCAGCAACUCCGCGGUGAGCACUCUGACGCUCGGCACAAUUAAUGGGGCCGCUGCUUCGACGGCCAGUUUCUGUCGUGCUAUGAGUCCGAUUGUAUCUGGAUCCCUCUACACCAUGGGUCUUGAGUCGGGCUAUUCUGGCCUGGUAUGGUGGUUUACAAUGCUGAUAACCUUCGGAGGGGCUUAUAUUGGGCUCAAGAUCAAGGAACCUCGCGGUCGGCUGGAUGAGAAAGACGACAUUGAAGUAUCACCCGAAGCAGACUCGAGGCAAUUAACGCGAGCAUAG